UGUUUUUUGUUCAAUUGUCUGGGCAGAGAAAGUCUGCAAUGAAAAAUCUGAAGGCUGGCUUCCGAAGGCUGAAAGCAGAGAUGCAAGAGAUCAGUAAGGAACAACAAAGCAUCAAGGAAGGACAAAAACAAGUGAGAGAAAAACUUGAAGACAUUGAAGCUGAAUGUGCACAACUCAGGAAGGAUACAGACAUCAUGAUCAGGCAGAGUGCUGCGAACAAGCUUAAUCUGUGUCUCAUGUUCAAAAUCCUUAAGGCCCGUGAAGAAGGCGAUUUUCUUAAGGCCACCCAGCUUGCUCAAUUGCUUCGCACAAUAUUGAGCAGGCAGAAUGAGCAAAGGCAGGGAUGUACGUAAUGGACAAAUAAGGAACAAAGGCACGGGUAACUAUAUAAUGGACAAGCAAGGAAUAAUUAUCAGUAGGAUUAAGCUAGUUGUUAUUAUGUUCUAUCUUCCCUUUUUUUUUAUAUUUUGGUGGAACCUGAUGCUGUGUUGUUCUGGCUAUCGUUAAACUCAGUGUUCUCCGUUUCCAGUUUUAUUGUGUUGUAUUGCAGACUUAAUAUUUAUUGAACUUUAUUUAUGGUUGUCAUGUUAGAAUGAUUCACUGUUUUAAGCGCCAAGGAGAGUUAAUCUUUCCAGUUCAGAAUGUAUGAUAGAGUUUACAUAUUUAAAAUGUAAUUUACAUCUCGCUUGAAUGAACUUUCUCAAGCAACAAAUCUCAUCGUUUUCUUGGAAACGCUACAAACUUCUCGCGGGGUUUGCAGCAAAGCUUCCCUGGAAAGUUGCAGACUUCUCAAUUUGAAGCAACAAGGCCAUAAUAGAAUUUUCUACUUCUG